CCUGCCUUCCCUUUCGCCUGCCUCAAUUUAUUCUGUAUUUAUUCCAGUCGCUAAUGAAUUUUACGUCUGCAGGCGCCGUGUUUGGGCGGAAUCGGCAGUACCGGUCGCGCGCCGGGCCAAUGGAUGUUGACACUCACGAAAACGACACGUCCUGGCUGACCACACUGUCACAGAGCAGCGCGGCUCUGGACGACCGGUCCAAGAGGAGGCGAGGCGACACAGACACUGAAAACAAGGACAGCAGUAACGCAGGUGUGCGGGAGCCAGUGUUUGGCAAUGUGCCAUUCACAUUCAGCAUGCCGCCAGUGGACCCUGAGCCUAUGGACGUGGACUGGACGCACACGACAGAGACACCAAGGACGCAAUCAGGACAACCAGCCGAUAUCGCCAAAUGCUGUACGAAGGAUAUACUCUCGGCGGAAGAACUCUGCUGCCGAAAAGAGACAGCGCAGUGCUAUUCGCAAAGAGAGGCUGCAGCAGCGGAGGAGCGUGGAGGAGGAUAGGGACGGACACUUCUCGUCAGAGUCUGGCUCUGACUUUAAUUCUAACUCUGACUCUGAGGGCCAGGCACGGAUGUCAACAGAAAGCAGGAGAAAACAGGAGGCCAGAGAGGUCAGGAGGCGCCGGGCAAAGCGCCGAGGCACAAGCGAGGUGCUGUCGCGGGGCGUGGACAAGGUGCUGGCGCUGAUGGGCAGCAAAACCAAUGUGCCAACGGCAAACGACCGGCUGCAGAUGCACCGCGACAUCCCGUAUGUCGUCUCCGGAUACCUCCAGGUGACUGUCAAUACGGCAGUGAUCACCCUCUUUGGGUACCUGGUUCUCCAGGCAAUACUUGCGGUCAGCAGUGAAAUGUCGAACAAUAUGGACCAGUCCAUAGUAGAGCGGAAGCAACAGAUCGACAUAUGUAGCAAAGAUUACAACGAGAACCACUGUGGUACUCCAAUGGCUGCGCCCAAGUUGAAAAUUCCCUGCGCAGAGUGGGAAAUUGUGCAUGAAUCAGAACCCUGCCUCGAUCGGCAGGGCCAAGAUAGCUGCAGAGACACUGGCGGGCAUCAUCAAUGGGUUCAUUGAGCCGAUCUCGUUCAAAACCAUGGCGUUCUUCAUGAUCAUGUUCCUGGGCACGAUAUACGUCACCAAUUUUGCCCUGGGGUCAUACCGCCAGAGCCGGGUAGAUGAGCUCAUUGCGUACCUGAGCAGGCGCAGCAACCGCAGCUCGCACGACCAGUCCGCGGAAGGAGCUGCGAUUGAACAGGCCGCCGCCGCCGACCGC